AUCACCCUUUCCCUACGCGUUCAGAGGGGCCCAUUCAUUUGAAUGCGGAGAAGGACGCGAAACGUAUCUCUCAAGUGAAGAGCCUGAGACCGCCGCCAUAUGGUAUGCGCAGGAUGCCGAGACGCGAUUAGUGGCCAUAAAGAUAGUGAAGAAAGACACUGAUGAACAUCGAAUUAUGCGUCUUAUUCACGAGGAGCAAUCAAAGUCUGCCGCUUCAUGGAGUGGUCCCCGUGCUGGAUAUACUCGACGGAGAAGAGUUCUCUUGCGAUCAUGCCCAAGUGGUCAGUCCCGCUCAAGUGUGACCGUUGGUUCCCAUCUAUGCGUGAGGUCCUCCGUAUGAUACACCACUUAUUGGAGGCGUGUCUGUUUCUCAUACUAUGGUGUCCAAUCAUCACUAACGUGUUUAGGGUCUUGUUUGGCUGCAUAAACGAAGAAUUGUUCACAGAGUGUGUAAUAUCUGUUUUGUUCCACCAACAGGAUUUCAAGCGGUUUAAUACGCUCGUGAAUUUUGCGUACGGUGACCGUUGGAAUCGCUCUUCAUUGGAUGCAGGUCUCCAGCGAUACUUCUGUCGCCGAGGCAUGUUAACAUACGGUUACAUCGAUUAUAGCAUAGCCGUCAUGUUUCUUCGUUCUGCUUCGCUAUCUGAAUGCCGUCUUCCGUACUGGAAGUCAUGGGACGGUACGAACAAUUGGCAUGUGUAUGAUACUGCACAAGGAGAACAUGAUUACGAUCCCUUCGCGUUCGACGUUGCGUUACUCGGAUAUCAGUUCAUGGAAACCUUCCAGCACCUGCCCCCCUUAUACGCCUUUUCUUGCGCCUCUGUUCGAUAUGAUGCUUACCCAGGACGUCAAGAAGUGUUUCACGGCUAGGGAGGCCUUGGAAAUUUUUGAAGAUACGUGCUGACAACUCAGUGAAGCGCAGUUGGAGCUCUCUUCACCUAAAGGACGAAACCAGUCGGGCACGUAUGAAACCUAUGACCGAUGGUAGGGCUUGCCUCUCGAUUUUGUACAACGAUGGGCCACUACCGAAAACCUCCGAUCUCGUUGUCAACGAGACUGCUUCGCUACGUGUGCAGAUAUAGUUGGAUUCACUCUGCGGUUGUGCGUAUACGGAAGUUUUACAGUGGUUUCCAAUUUUG